CAACCGAUUCAUUCCGUGCCCACAAGAAGCUCCUCUAGUCUAGUGUAGGAAAACCAGGGGGAGGAGAGGCAGAAAAAACAGAAGGCGGGGGAGCCUCUGGUUUCGUCGUCGUCGUCUCCCUCAGCCCCCCGUUUGCCCCCACCCCUUUCCUUUCUGCAGGCAGGGUGCUUCAACACUCGCACGCCACCCCACUCUCGUCAGCUUCCUAUAUAUAUAAGUAGGUCACCUGGCUGUGCCUCCCAGCAACAGCAAUCCAUCCAUCGCUGCAAAUCCAAACACACAGACCGUUUGAAAGAGAGAUUAUUAUUGUCGAUCGAUCGACUCGAAUCGAAUCGAAUCGAAGAUCGAGGCUAGGUCUCGAGGCAGAUCGAUGGAGAGGAUUAGCUCGUCCCUGCAGUCGUGGGUGGAGGAACACAAGCUCUCAACCAUCGGAGCCGUGUGGGCGACGGCGGUGGGCGCGUCGGUGGCGUACAGCCGGCGUCGGGCGCCGGCGCGUGCCACGAGCCUGCGCCUCAUCCACGCCAGGAUGCACGCCCAGGCGCUCACACUCGCCGUCCUCGGCGGAGCCGCGCUCGCGCACCACUACUCCGGCAGCAGCGCCGGGAAGCAGCGGCAGGAGGAGCUGGACUACGGCUUCUACUCCCAGCUGCCGCCGGCCACCGACGCCGACGGCAACGAGAACGAGCGCUGGAGCUGGUAGCUAGCAAGGAGGAGGAGCGACAAGAAAGAGGAACAAACAACAAUAAAUUAGUAGCAAUAAUUGGUGGGUGGCCUGGUUAGCAAUCAUGCGUGACGUGGCUUCGUCCUAAUCCUAAUCCUAAUCCUAAUCCCCGCCCGUGGUUUACAUUAUCCAUCCAUCCAUCCAUCCAUCCACAUCAAUGAAUGAAUGAGUCCAUGUCUAUCCGGACGGCGCGCGGCAUCCAUCGGAGUUGCUACCGGCCGGAGCCCGCGCGCCCAUGGUUUCCUCUAGUUGGUUUGCUAUUGCUACCGGAGACGACGACGAUCCAUCCAGCGCUCACCAGCUUGUAUUUCCAUCAGAGACUUCUGUUCAAUUUGUUGCCUUCCAUUUCUUCUGUGUAACAGUAUCACCUAGCUUGUAAUACUUGUACCAUUCCAUCUUAUUAUUGAUUGAAUGGUCACGAUGUUGACGACAAUUAUUUAUGUU